UCGUUCCGCGGAGAGCAGCAGAAAGACCCCCCCCCCACACACACAUACACACACACCUUCAGGUCUUUGUGUAUUGUGUGACUAACCGGUCCUUUGCAGCAAAGAUUAUUUCUUUCCAACUUCAGCUACAGUGAUAGCUAAGUUUGGAGAGGAGAAAAGGGAAAAAACGCUGUUUUUGUGGUUUGUUUUGGUCUUGCUGUCGACGGCUAAAUGCAAAGGUAGCUCGGGUUGACCUCCUUUACAUUACAAUAGAAGAGCUGUUAUAGAAGGAAACAUAUAUUACCUUGAAACACCUUUAAAAUGGAUAACUCUGGACCGAAGAAGACAUGUUGUGAAUCCGUCCGAGAUUUCUUCACUUCAGCGAAAUUCCUUAUUUACAUGGGGCAUGCUCUGUCAACAUGGGGUGACAGGAUGUGGAACUUUGCUGUUGCUGUAUUCUUGGUGGAGCUGUAUGGGAACAGCCUACUCCUUACGGCAGUGUAUGGGCUCGUGGUGGCUGGCUCUGUGUUGCUACUGGGAGCCAUCAUCGGGGAUUGGGUUGACAGAAACCCCAGACUCAAAGGCAAGGCUAAUGCACACUUUAAGCCUAAUUUGCCCAGACUUCGCUACUUGUCCAGAACAGUUGUGUCAUCAUAUGCGGGGUCCUCCUCAUGGUUGUUUUCCAGUUCAAAGAACAGCUUGUGGAGCUUUACAAUGGGUGGAUUCUGGCUGCCAUUGUGUAUAAAUUACUUAAUUGUGGUGAAUACUGUGAAUUUUGUGCCGGAAACAACCUGCUACAUUCUGGUAAUCACCAUUGCAAACAUUGCUAACCUGGCCAGCACUGCUAUGUCCAUCACUAUCCAGAGGGACUGGGUCGUGGUUGUUGCAGGGCAGGAUAGCAGCAAGUUGGCAGACAUGAAUGCCACAGUGCGGAUAAUCGACCAGCUGACCAACAUCCUGGCACCCAUGCUAGUUGGCCAAAUAAUGGCCUUUGGCUCUCAUUUCAUUGGCUGUGGCUUCAUUUCUGGCUGGAACCUGUGCUCUAUGUUUGUGGAGUACAUGCUGCUGUGGAAGGUGUACCAGAAGACACCUGCACUGGCUGUGAAAGGUGGACAAAAGGAGCAACAGCAGGAACUCAAACAGCUUAGCCCACCAAGAGAGUUGGAGAAUGGCCAGAGCUCUGAGGAGUCAUCUCAGCCACUGAUGAAUGAAGCCUCAGUCAUACCCAGCUCUGACUCUCCCAAACAGCAUGGCUGUUGCUACCAGGUGACUGAGCCACUGCGCACCUUCAAAGCUGGCUGGAUCGCCUACUACAACCAGAACAUCUUCUUUGCCGGCCUGUCCUUGGCCUUCCUCUAUAUGACGGUGCUUGGCUUCGACUGCAUCACCACAGGCUAUGCCUACACGCAGGGCCUCAAUGGCUCAGUGCUGAGCCUUCUGAUGGGGGCCUCAGCCAUUUCAGGCAUCUGCGGCACUGUUGCCUUCACCUGGGUUCGCAAGAAGUGCGGCUUGAUUUGCACAGGUUUAAUUUCAGGCAUUGCCCAGCUCUCGUGCCUCAUGCUAUGUGUUGUCUCUGUCUUCGCUCCGGGAAGCCCCUUCGACCUCAGCGUGUCACCCUUUCAGGAUCUUUAUACUCACCUGAUUGGAGAGAAGACCCUGCCAGAGGUUGACCUCACCAGUGUUAUUGCUGUUGGUAAUGUCACUACAGCUGCUCCAGCUGAAGAGCUGCCACCUCUACAGUCCUACAUGUCUGUUAGUCUGCUGUUUGCCGGUGUCAUCGCUGCUAGAGUUGGCCUGUGGUCCUUUGACCUGACAGUGACCCAACUCAUCCAGGAGAAUGUGAUUGAGUCAGAGCGCGGUGUGAUCAAUGGCGUCCAGAACUCCAUGAAUUACCUCUUAGACCUGCUGCACUUCAUCAUGGUGAUUCUGGCCCCAAACCCUGAAGCCUUUGGCCUGCUGGUCAUCAUUUCUGUCUCUUUUGUGGCCAUGGGCCACAUCAUGUACUUUCGAUUUGCCUUUAAGAGCCUGGGGAGCCGCCUCUUCCUUUGCUGUUCACCGGAGCAGAAGGUGGAGACGGAUGACAGCCCCUCACUUCCUACCACAGUUUAACGCUGUUAAAGAGACUCUUUCCUGGGUAUAUACUUUCCAGGUCUAUCCCUACUAUGCAUCCUAACACCGUUGCUUAUAGUUUGUAGAAUGUUAAGUGGAGUUUGUCAACAUAACAUAAGUCUCCAGUCAGGGAAAAAUAACCUACAGAGUAAAUUUAUAUUAAGGCAGCGUUCCAGUAAAGCUUUCAGUUGGGCUUGGAAGAGAUCUUUGGCCUUCCAUCAGUGGAUGAUCCUUAACACAACCACGUAAUGUCAAACAAGGAUCCACAAUCUCUUAGCUUGACUCUUUUUUUGGUUUGGCGGAAAAAAAACGAAAAUAAAAAAAAACAGAACACAGCACGGUAGAAAUAUUCUUCUCUUUUUGGCACGUCUGUAGUUGUAAAGAUUUACAAAAGGUGCUUUAGCUAAUGCACAGGCAAAAGAGAAAUGAGUUAAAUGUGAUGACUGUCUGAGAAACCCCGAAGACAUAGCGUUCCUUAUUUUGACACUUCACCUCUCAAUGUGUUCACUGGUGCUGUAACUGCUCAUUCCUCACUCUGAUAGGCUCCUUCUACAGCUGUCAGUUGAUAUUUUGUUGAUAUCAUUGAAUGAUGAGCAGGUUGUAGAAUUCUUUCUCUAGAGGAGGGGGAAUACUUUUUAUUUAACCAAACACAGAACAGGGAUUUAGUCUCUUUAAUAAUCAUUAUAAGGGUUACACAGUUUUUCUACGAGAAAUGCAGACAGCGGUUUUACAGUUUCUUUGUCAGUAUUGUGUUUCUUACUGUUGUGCCAUAUGAACAGAGUGAGAACUCCUAUGCACCCAAUUAUAGGUUUCAAUUACCAAAGUCCAAGUCCAAAUGCAUAUGGUAUCAAAGGAAGUGAGGGAAACCAGUCCUCUGUCUGAAUCAUUCCAAAUGUAUAUCCAGAUCUGCUAGUGGUGAUAAAACCAUAGAAUAUUUUUCAAUAUUUGUAAAGCUACUUGGGGAUCCUACUUCUUUGUUUUGGGGGGGUGGGGGUAGUUUAUUAUAGUAUUGUGGUUCUGUCCUUGUUUUGAUUUCCAUGUUUCCUGUUUGAGAUACUUUUCGUUUUACUCCCAGUUAUGAUUGUCGUUACUCAGGCACUUUAAGUGAUUGACAUCUGUCGUUACUCAACUGAUGCACGAUCAGGCAUUAGUUCAAUAUUUUUUGCACAAGGCUAAAGUCAUGACUCUGAAUAGUUUCACCCACCCGCCUUAAUAUUCUUUCAGUCAUGUGGUACACGUGUGAGGAUUCACUUUUUUUUUUUUAAAGGCACAUAUUGCAACACUUAUCAUGCUGCACUAGCUCUUUUCAAAACAUCCCCAAGAACUCUUCAUUUCCUCAACAAAAAAAUUCAGCUAGUUAUGCUGUGACUUCUGGCUUUUUGGGAGGGUCUAGUGGUAUGUUUAAAUAGUAUCUCAGAAAAAGCUUGAGGCAAAAAAUCGAUUAAUGGAUCAAGUUUAGUUUAACAGAAGACCGUCGCCAAAACAGACUUUUAGGGGACAGUUGGACAAGGGAAAGUCAAACAAUUGCUAAAUAGUAUGGAUUAUUUUGGUCAUAACAUCAGCUGCCAUAUUCACAGUAGUAUGACCAUACCAAUAGAACAAGAGGGCUUUUUUGAAGGGG